CCUCGACCCCAGUCUGGCAGCAAACCAUUGGCACCUCAAACGACGGCAGGCACCUCCUUAGCCCCACCGAUGUCGGCCGGCGGUCCACCCUUCGGCACCGGCGCCGGUGCCGACCACCCCCAGACAGACGGACAUCUAAAUAUCUCCCAUUCUCUUGUCGGCUCAUCUCUCGCCUCGUCGAUUGUCGUCUUGCCGGAGCCCAUUCAAUCCGGCCAAGCCACCACAGAGCUCGGACCCCUCUCUAACGCCAGCAUUGGUUUAACAUCUUCGCAAACGGCAAGCUUAUUGGGCCGCGGUCCACCUACGAGCUUGGCCGCCCCUCAUACGGCGAACCCGACCCAGGGCCCCCAUCCAACUGGACCACGUUCUUUUCGUGAUGCGGUUUCUUCCACUGCCAAACCGGGCCAGCAGAGAGAAUUGACGACCUUAGAAGUCGUUGCCCAGUUCCGGGGAUUCAAUGCUGAGAAAUUCUCAGGGCAAGGAGAUCCUCGUUUAGUCGAGGAGUGGAUUCAGGGUCUGGAAUCUAUUUUCGAGAUCACUGAAUACACAGACAGACACCGUAUUCUCUGUGCACAACUUCAGAUGACUGGAGAUGCAAGACUAUGGUGGAACUCUUACUGGGGCAUGCGUCCUGGUGAAAAGAAGCAUCUCACUUGGAUCCAGUUCAAAAAGAUGCUAGAAGAAAAGUACUAUCCAGCUCAUUACCGUGCUGAGAUGGAACGCCAAUUCCUGGCGUUAGUCCAAGGUAAUCGCUCUGUGGGCGAAUACGAGCGAGAGUUUACCAGAUUGGGAUCUUUUGUCAGUUAUUUGAUAGACACGGAGGCCAAGGAAGCAAGGCGCUUCCAAGAAGGGUUACUACCAGUAAUCCGUCACCAUGUAGCCGGGCAUUGCAUUCAGACCUAUGCUGAAGUUGUGACCAAGGAUCAAGAAGUGGAUGCGAGUUUGAGGAGAUGGCCAAGUUCAAGUGCCGCCACUUCUUCAAGUUCCAGUCA